AUUCGACGAAAUUUAGUAGAAUCAUUGCUUUCACUAACCAUUUACUAAUAGGCCGAUUGGAAUAGAAGAAAAGAGCAAGCUUUUCCUUCAAAAAUUAAUGGCUAUGAGUAGUUUAAGUCGUCUUAUACUUCUGUUAUUGCAAUUUGUGGCAAUUACAUCUGCGUAGCUUGAGUUACUAUGUUGCUCACUUGGUUGUAUUUUAUAAGCAUAUAGGUUUGCGAUGGCCAAAGGCCUAUUCUUUUUUUCUUCUUCUUUACAUGAGGUUCAUGUCUGUGAUCUUACCGACAUAAAGAUGCAUUCUUUUCUUUUUAUCUAGAAAUUCGGGUUAUCUGAUUUUGCUUUGUUGCCACUAAAAAUCACUUUUCCAUUUAAACAGUACGCAAUGGUGGUGCCAUUGAGUUGAUUUUCUGUAUUCUUUUAUUUCCUUUCUCAAAGAUAUGUGGUGAUGACCAAUGAAGAAACAUAUAUGGUGAAACUCCGUGGCUCCUCUUGUCUAAGAUAGAAUUGAUAAUAAGUCAUACAGCCUUCUGCUGUUCGAAGUAGCCUAAAAACUGCUGAUGUUGGUGAUUCUACCUUCAGCUAUUGCAAACAAUACAUGGAACUGCAGAACGAUUAUCAUCAUUAUUCUGCUGCUAAUGGGAGAACAAUUUCUCAAGGUAGUCCCGGAAGAUGCAUUACGUUUCUUUUCUUCUGGGUUGCUGGUCGAUCUUUGGCAAUUUAUUUCCAUUGCUAAUAUCAGAUGUUUGUUGCUUCAAGUGUUGUCACGAUCCUGGGCCUAUUUCAGGGAUGACAUGCCCUACCAAAGACUUUUCAUAUCGAGGAAUUCAAAUCGAGACUUCUGGUUAAAGAAGGAACAACCCGAUCUUACUUAAAGAAGUUAAGUGUGAUGUAUUAAUUGAGAUUUCUUGCUUCUAAAUGAAAACUUGGCAUUAUCUUUGUUUUCAUUCAUAAAAAGUUAGAAAUCAUUUUAGUCAUUAGAAAGUGUGGUGAACGAGUUUUUGAAAUACUUAUUGGACAUGAAAAUAUUGUCAAUAAUACACAGAGGUGACAGUUCUGAAGUAAGAUUGUAGAGCUAAUUAGUCUACUUUUAUUAGUAUGUGCAAAACAACACGUCCAUACAUUACUAAUUACGGCUUUCUUCACCCCAAUUUAUAUAAAUUUAA